AAAUACCCAAAGUUUAGGCUGAUCGGCAUUCGACCAAACAAGCGUCAAGGAAGAUGAGUCUCACCGCUAAGGACAAGGACACAGUCAGAGCCUUCUGGGCUAAAGCGUCUGGCAAGGCUGCGGAAAUCGGCAGUGAUGCUCUGUCCAGGAUGCUGGUGGUGUACCCGCAGACCAAGACCUACUUCUCCCACUGGAAUGACUUGAGUCCCGGAUCUGAGCCUGUGAAGAAACACGGAAAGAGCGUGAUGGGUGGAGUUGCAGAUGCUGUGCUGAAAAUUGAAGACCUGAAUGCGGGUCUCCUGAACCUCAGUGAGCUGCAUGCCUUCACUCUGCGAGUGGACCCUGCCAACUUCAAGAUUCUCUCUCACAACAUCCUCGUGGUCAUGGCCAUCAUGUUCCCCAAAGACUUCACCCCUGAG